AUGGAGCCCAGCAAUUCAAGCGGCAUCCUAUCUUUGCCGACACUACCGGGAAACGGGAGAAUGAGCUCACCUAAGCUCCUCUGUAUCCCCGAUUUAAUAACGGUCUCCUUAUUUCUCCUCACAUGGGCUUGGUUCACCGACGGCUGGGGUCUCUGGGCUCCGAAACCUGAUCCUCUGCUUUUCGUUCCGGUUCGAGAUUGGAGCUCAUACAAGAAGGCGCCGACGAAAAGCAGAAAUAUCGCAGAAGCUUUGAAGGACCUGGAUUUAGUUGUCUUCUGGGGCUCGCAGAGCGGUCGCGCCGAACGUCUGGCGGCCAGCUUUGCGCGCGACUGCACUGGACGCUUCGGCUUGCGCGUAGCGGCCGCUGACCUGGAUGACUACGACCCUCAGCACCUUACCGAACUGUCAUCGACCAAACUAGUCGUGUUCAUUGUCUCAACGUUUGGCGAAGGCGAUCCCACGGACAAUGCUGUCAAGUUCUUCUCCCUUCUCAAGGGUUUGCGUGACGCGGGAAAACCAGAGCUGCUGAAGAACCUGCGAUACACAGCCUUUGGACUGGGGAAUAGGAAUUACAAGCACUAUAACAAGAUGGUUGAUGUUGUAGAUCAGACGUUAAAGGCGCUCGGAGCGAAAAAUGUCGUGACUGUCGGGAAGGCGGACGAAGCAGAGGGACCGACGGCUACCGAUGAACAUUUUCUGGAAUGGAGUAGCAGUGCUACUGAGACGAUUAGACUGCUGUUUGGGGUAGAGGAACAGGAAGUGAGCUAUGCGCCCGAAUUCAGCAUUAUACGGAUCGAUGCGACUGCAGACAAGGAUAACACUGCGAAUGCGAGUCCCAUCAACCCUCGCAGCGCUGCUCUUGCAGCGUCGCUGACGAUUGCAAGAGACCUAACCAAAAGUCCGGACCGACAAUGCUUGCACGUCGAGUUUGAUCUGUCGAGCAGGAGGUCCAUGAAAUACCAGGCCGGUGAUCAUCUUCUGGUGUGGCCCCAAAACUCCGUUGACGAGGUGGAGCGUCUCUGUCGCUUGCUUGGGUUGAGUGAAGAGGAACGAAAUGAGACGGUCGACAUCAGGCCCAGAAUCCAAGGCAAAUCACCUGGGUUCCCGUCUCCAACGACGCGAAAAGCGAUCCUGCACCACCACUUGGAUAUAUCCGGUCCAGUGUCCCGAGACGCACUGCGACUGUUGGUAGAAUUUGCGCCAACGCGGACCGCGCAAGAGUUUCUUUCCUCGCUAGCGAAGGACGCUAUAAAGUUUCGCACACUAGUGUCUUCCUCCUUUCUCUCACUUGGCAAGGUUAUGCAACUCGCAUGCGACGACAGGACCUGGGACAAGCUUCCCUUUAGCUUCCUCCUCGAUUGUCUAGGCAAGCUCAAACCUCGUUACUACUCUAUCGCCACGUCGCCGACCGUCUCACCGCUUCAGCCGGCCAUUACCUUGGCCAUUACUAGGAAGACGUCGGAUCCCGAUGCCCAAUUCUCUCGCUUCUACGGUGUGGCAUCCAAUUACCUUCUUGCUGUGUCUCGGAACCUUGGCCAACAACCGAUUACCGACGGACCGAACUAUGGGGUCAAUGGCAACAAAGUCCUUGUCCAGAUCGUACGGUCAACGUUCAAACUUCCGCGCAACCCUCUACGGCCCAUCAUCAUGAUUGCCGCGGGUACCGGCAUUGCUCCCUUCAGAGCUUUCGUCCAAGAACGGGCAUCAAUAACAGCCCGCGGCCUUGCUGUUGGGCCAGCGCUGCUGCUUUUUGGCUGCAGAUCUCCCACAGAGGACUUCCUCUACUCUGAAGAAUGGGCAGGCUAUGCGAGGCGGCUGCCCGGCUUUGAGUUCAUCAAUGCCUUCUCCAGACACGACGAGAGGAAGGUUUACGUGCAGGAUAAGCUCAUGGAGGAGAAGGAAAAGGUCGCCGCACUAUUGGAGCAGGAUGCCGUUUUGUAUGUCUGCGGGAGUGCAGAUAUGGCGAGGGGGGUCAGGCGCGCCUUGAUACGACUUUUUGUUGAGAUGAAAGGUUGGCCUGAAGAGCAGGCCGAAAGGCAUGUCAUGGGAGAGAUGAAGAAAAAGAAGCAGUUACUGGAAGAUAUUUGGUCAGGUUAA